CAAACGGCAAGAAAAAUCUGCAUGCAUGUAUAUUGUUUGUCGUACUUGACUGGAGAACAAGAUAUCGUAGCUGUUGACCAUGGUCGAAGUGAGAAUCUUUGUGGCAAGGCCUCUUCCAGGCCUUUGCGAUUAGAUGGAGAGUAAUACCUAUAAUGUAGAGGGUAAUUCUUAUAACUAGUAUUAGGUUAUACCAGGGUAAUUAUUCUUGUCUCCAAUGGAGUACUGAGAGAGCCACAGACUUCCCACUCGUCAACUAACAGUUUGUGAGCAAAGUCGAGUGCUGCCUGCACAUACGAGCUGUACCAGUGACGGUGUUAGUUCCUGAAAGGUCAAGUCAUGGAGAGGCGCAGUGCUAGGCUCAGGGUGUCGACAGGAUCUGUCAAUCACUCUAGGUACAGCCUGACAACACUGAACGAGGACACUUUCCACGAAGUCGGUGGUGAAGCUUGGCUGUGUGUAGUCGGCGAAGACCUUCGCGAUGACAGUGCCAUUGCGGAAAGUGCCAAGGUCCUGGAGCUGCAGGUGGCAUUUUCCAACGAGGCUAAGAUUCCUGAUGAAGUACCCAGUGGCUGUGACCUGGCCUUCGUCGUGUCAAACUUCGAUGGAGCUCUGUUCGAUAAGCUGUGGAGCAAGGUCAGGUCUCUAAGGAGUAGCCACGUCAGGAUUCUGGGUCCACCUUGUUUGCACUACUGUGCGGCUGCCAAGACGAAUCUGCCAUUCACCAGGAGGCCCGUUUAUUCAUUGAAUAUGUCGGGUCUGGAGAUCUGCUUCAUGGGAUUUCGCUCAGGCGAGAAGAAGGACAUGGAUGGACUGGUGAUGAAAGUACGGUACAUGGGUGCUGAUGUGAGGACAGACAUAUCCGAUGUCAGUCAUGUGGUUGCCCCCAAUGUUACAAGUUCUCGUUAUGAGAAAGCAGUGGCGCUGGGUCGGUCCAUCAUGUCAACACAGUGGGUAGAGGCAUGCUGGGACAGUCGGCACGACUUACAUGUUCGAGCCACUGAUGAUAACAUGAUGCAGCAUCGUUUGCCGCCGUUCAAGGACUUGACUUUAUCGUUCUGUGGGUUCAGCGAGGAAGACCGACAGCAAAUGGAGAGUUUCUGUGAUCUCAACGGUUGCAAAGCUGUCCCAUACAGCGAGAGUUGCACACACGUCGUCUGCUCGCCUGAUCUUACUCGCCUGGAUGACAUGCCGACAGGAGCAGUGGCUGUCAAAGCAGAUUGGUUCUGGGAGUCCAUUCAAAUCCGUGCCUGCAGCAAUUCUAACCUGCAUCUCUUCCAGAGUGUCACACAGAGCACUCCGUCGCGCUCGCCCAGCUGCCGUCCGUUUCUUCACCGCCCCGGACUGUCUCAUGCAGGUCCUUCGCCCCUUACCACACCCAAUGCGUUUGUCUUUCCGUCGUCAUCGCCCUCCCUUCCCUUGUCAUCCGUGUCGACAGCUGGAUCCGUUACUUCCCAACAGCUCACACUAGAACCCACCAACAGCCCCAUAAGCGAAGUAGCUGAAAGCCCUACUAUGACUAAGCUGAACAAGAAACUCGCCGAGCGCCGCAACAAGUGCUUAGAACUACAAGAGACGGAGGUCAACUACGUUGCCAUACUCAACUACAUAGUUAACAGCUUUGUAGAGCCACUGGAACUACCCAAUCAGAUUGGCGGUGCCAUUUUGAAUCCGGAGGAGGUCAAGGAGAUGUUCUACCCUCUUCCCCAGCUCGCCGCUUUACACGAGAAAAUGCUAUGCAGUCUUCAGAAUCGCUUCAGUGUCACGACAAUAACGGACACAACAUGCUUCGGUGAUAUCCUCCUCAAGCACGUGGAUGAAAUGAUUCAGAUCUACCCACGGUUCAUCAACUUUUACGAAGGACGACAAGAGACGGUGACAAAGAAGUCCAAGUCCAAUCCUCGCUUCAUGGCGUUCAUGAAGCUUCGCUAUUCCGAGGCAGCAAAACUCCAUGGGCCGUUCUCUAAACAGACAUUGACGGAGCUGCUCAUUACUCCGGUUCAGCGGAUGCCGCGCUAUCUACUUCUUUUAGAAGGUAUAAUCAAACUAACCACUGACGAUCAUUCUGACAAGGAUCAGUUGAGGAACGCACUGGCAGGCUUCAAAACAGCGGCACAGCGUAUCAACGAUGACAAGCGCAUUGCCGAAGGGCGGAUAAAGAUGCUUAGCUUACCGAACCUUGUUGAAGGUCUUCCGCCGACCACCUUAUCCAGCUCACGGUCAAUUAUCGAGGUGAUGUCCAACCUGUAUGUGGUGGAGGGCUCCGACAGUGGUGGCACGGUGGAGAUUCCCGUCUGCAUUAUCAUCUUCAACGACAGUGUGGAGAUAGCAAAGCGGAGGGGACACUUGGAAAGCAUAUCACUCGACGACUUCAAUGCCAACAGCUCACUCCGAACAUCUGGCAAGCGAGGACUUCGGCAUAUCGACUUCUUUCAGCUGGGCGAAAUCAAGAAGCUAUUGCGCUAUUUCGCAGAUGCCGAGCAAUCUACGGACCUGUUUGGUAUAUCUGUGGCAAGCUCUACCCAUGGCAACUCUCAGGAGCAGUGGAUCGUGUUCCGUGCUGCUGGUACGGGUGCACAAAGUGGCAGUGAACAAGUGAAGAGUGUGAUUGAUGCACUGCUCAAGGCCAGGGAAGGCGUCAUCUGCACUGAUGCUCUUUAUCCAAUCUGUAUCUCGCUCCACGCUGCCCUUUUUCGACAGCACUUCAAACGAGCCGCACACACCAAACGGCUUGUCCAAAGCAAUACGGGGUGCAAGAUCUAAAGCGCGUCGUGUUACACGCGUGUUCUCACACCACUUCCAUAACUAGCUGCUGCUCCGCACAGCAGCAUGCUAGUACUGUCGGUUGUGUAAGUGCAUGGUGCUCGUCACAGCAUGCGUAUUGUGUUACUGCAGACCUACUUACUUACCCCCUCCCCUCCCUCCGUUCCUUCACGAAUGUUGUGUGUUCAGUUGUCUAUGUACUGACCUACCUUGUUUUCACCCUAAGAACUAAAGCAGUUCUACUACUUCAAUGUGCAUAUUACUCCUAGUACUCAGGGGGUGAUCUUUCAUGUUUUCUUUUCCUUUGCUUUCGCUAACAAAUUUUCAAUUGAUUGAUUCACAAUCUCCAGUUUGCAUGUCCCGGUGAACAGUUUGAGUAGCGCGCUGUUUUCUUUAUCAUUCCCAACUACAUCUGAUCUAUCAUCCGAUUAUUAUCUGCUGCAAUAUAUGGCUGGCACCUGACUCUGAAACACUCAACUCUUCGACACAGUGCACUGUUGAACAUGCAGUCAAACCUCGCAAGGACGAACACCGAUAAGGCAAACUUUCCUUUAGUACGAACUAGGGCCAAUCUUUUGGUUGGCCAGGCAUCAUAUCAAGUCAAAUUGUUCGUUUAUGACUCCUGUACGACGAGCUUUCGUGAAGACGAACUAAUGUCAAGCGUGAUUUUUAACAAAAUCAGCAUGUAGUACGAACUUUCGGGUCCCCAUGGGUGCGCUGGCUGUAGUUUUUCCGAUAGUCGAGGCCUCUUGUACUGGCAAAACAUGUUACAAGGCGGAGGCCAUGCUGUCAUGAAUUCAUUGCACAUUAUACUUACAUGUUGCAGGGUUAUGUUGUGAAAAAAUAUUUUACAUUUGCCACAGCAUAUACCUUCACAUAUAUACAAUCCAUAUGAUAUGCAUAUCAAUUUUUUUGUCAGAUCUGGAUCAGAAGAAUUCCGGAUAAGACAAACAAACUUGUCCGGUCCCUUGAA